AUGGAUGAGAAAAAAAGUGAAAAGAAAUUUGCAGCUCCAUUUAAAUGUCCUUUGACCAGAUGUGAAGAAAAUAUCAGUUCAUCUUUGCUACUUUCUCAUUUCAUGAAAGUUCAUCAUCAUGAAGAUAAUGGAGUAGAUUUAAAAGAAAUUCAAGAGAAAGAGAAGAUAUCAUUGAUAGCAUCAAUAAAUGAAGAAAAUUUGCAAAUCGACAGAGUUGUUUGUUUAGGGAUUUUGGCUUACCGAAAUGACGAAAAAGCAGAAGGUGGAAUCGCAAGAAGUACGAUGAAAAAACAUUCAAAUGCUCUUCUUUCAAAGCAACACGAAUUUUAUGAAACUCAUCUUCCAAUCUUAAUCAUGGCAAGUCGUGGAAAUUAUGUAAAGAUGUAUGCAUCAAACAAUGAAUUUAUCGAUCCUCAAGCAAAUUUCCUUACCAUUUGGUUGUUGAUGCCUGAAAUAAUGGAAACAAAAUUAGUGGCAACUGUCACAGUUUACAACGAAGAGCUGACGAGAUCAUUAAGUUCACUUAUUUAUGUCAGAAAAGCAAACGAUACUCAAAAUGCUCGCGACUUUAUGCGCACUGAAAUGAAUUGUUUGACAAUCAAUUCCGGAUUUCUUGAACAAAUUUCAAAUGAAGAUCGAAUAUUUAUCGAAAUUUCAAUCGAAGAAAAUUUAUUGUAG